AUGAUGGAUAUUGAAAAGUGCUUGUGUUACUAUAAAAUUUUGAACGUGGAUACAGAUGCGUCUGUUGAAGAAAUUAAAAAGAGUUAUAAGAAAGUUGUGCUUCUGUAUCAUCCUGAUAAAAACACUCAUUUAUGUGAUGAAGAUAAGAAGAGAUAUACAAACAUAUUUCGAAAGAUUCAAGAAGCUUAUGAAUGCUUAACAAACGAGGUUCAAAGAAAAUGGUAUGAUAGAAAUAGAAAGAGAAUUAUAGAAGGUAGAGAAAGUAGUGAAGAGAAGAAUUCAGGGAAGCAAAAAUAUGUAUAUAGUUAUACAAAUAUAAAUAUUUGGAAAUAUUUUAAUAAUACAUGUUAUAAUGGUUUUGAUGAUACAGAGGGUGGGUUCUAUGAUGUUUAUGGUAAACUUUUCGAUGAUAUAAUAAAAGAAGAAAAUGAAGAAAUUAAAAUUAUGAAUAAUAUAAAAGGUUUUCAUAAUAAUGGAAAUAAUCAUAAAAAGAAAAGGGAAGAUAAUCUGAAUAGUUCUGAUAAAAAUAAUAUACAUAAUAAUAUACAUAAUAAUAAUAAAAAUAAUAAUGGUGACGAUAAUAAUAAUAAUAAUAAUAAUAAAAAUAAUGUUCAUAAUAAUGGUGAUGAUAAUAAUAAUAAUAAUAAUAAUAAUAAUAAUAAUAAAAAUAAUGUUCAUAAUAAUGGUGAUGAUAAUAAUUUUUAUUUUAUCAAAGCACCGCAUUUCGGAAACUCAGCAACAUGUGGAAAAGACAUUGAUGAGUUUUAUGAAUACUGGUCCAAUUUUACUACGGUAAAAAAAGUAGAUUACUCAUAUGAAUAUAUAAAAACAUAUGAAUAUGAAAACCGAAACUUUCGAAGGAACUUAAAAAAAGUAAGUGAGAAAAGAAGUAUAAAAGAAAAGAAAGAAUACAACGAAAACAUACGUUCUCUAGUUAAUCACAUUAAAAAAUAUGAUAUACGUUAUAAUAAUAGAAUUGUGGAAUUAAUCGAAGAAAAAAGAAAAAAAGUCGAAUUAAGAGAAUUAAAAAAAAAACAAGAAAUAUUAAAGAGAAAAUUAUUAUUUGAAGAAAAUAAAAAAAAAGAAUAUUAUGAUAAAAUGGAAGAACCAUAUAUAUCAUCAUCAUCAUCAUUAUCAUCAUUAUUAAAUGUAUACAAAUAUAAUAAUGAAUGUAAAGAUAUAAAUUAUUCUUUUGAAACAAAUAAAAAUUCAUUACCAAAUUAUACAAAGGAUAAACAAAACGUAGAUAUAACAGAAACUAACACACAACAUAUAAAUCAAAAAAAAAUGAAACACUUUACGGAUGAUCAUAAUAUAUCUAGUGUUCAUGAUAUAAAAAGAAAAAAUAAUGAUCAUCAGCACUUUAUGCAUAGUCAUAAUGAAGAUGAACAUAACGAAAGGGUUAUAAAUCAAAUUAUAUAUCGAUGUGAAGUUUGUAGAAAAAAUUUCAAAUCUAUGAAGCAGUAUGCUUCUCAUGAGAAGUCCAAAAAGCACAUGAAUAAUUUUUUGAAAAAUGCAUGUAGGUAUUCUAUGGAUUAUAUGUUUGGAGAGGAAAACAGGGAUGAUUAUAUUAAUGAUCCCAAAUGUCGUGAUAAUAAAAAUAAAAAAAAUAAUGAUGAUGAUGUUGAUGAAAGUGAAUCCAUACAUAGUGAUAAUAAAAAAAAUAAUAAUAAUGAUGAUGAUGGUGAUGACGGUGGUUCUAUACUUAGUGAUUAUAAUAAUGAAAGUGAAUCUAUACAUAGUGAUAAUAAUAAUAAUAAUGAUGAUGACGGUGGUUCCCUACGUAGUGAUUAUAAUAAUGAAAGUGAAUCCAUACAUAGUGAUAAUAAUAAUAAUGAUGAUGAUGGUGAUGACGGUGGUUCUAUACGUAGUGAUUAUAAUAAUGACAGUGAAUCCAUACAUAGUGAUAAUAAUAAUAAUGAUGAUGAUGGUGAUGACAGUGAAUCCAUACAUAGUAAUUAUAAUAAUGACGGUAGUUCUAUACGUAGUGAUUAUAAUAAUAAUAAUAAUGAUAAGGAUAAAGAAAAAAAUGGGAUAAAGGUAAAGAGCGAUUCAGAAUGCUCGUCCCAAUGCUCCAUUUCAAAUGAAAAUGAUGAUAUUUUAUGGUGGUAUAAAAAUAAAAAAAAAAAAAACUACAAAGAUAUGUUAACUUGUUCAUAUAAUAACCCAGAAGAAAAUAAUGUUGAUAUAUUAAAUGAGAAAAUAAAAACAAAUGAUAGUAGUGAUAAUUAUAAAAGUUCAAGGAAAAAGAAAAAAGAAAAAAAAAAAAAAAAAAAAAAAAAUAUGAAUAUAACGGAAAGUCAUGAUAAUAUUAUUAAAAAUAAUAAUAUGAAUAUUAUAAAUAAAGUAGAUGAAGAUAAGAAAAUGACGAGUGUUCCUAUUAGCAACUGUAAAAAUUUAAAAGAAAAUAUAAAAAAUCUUAAGUGUCAAAUAUGUCAACAAAUUUUUGAUUCUAGAAAUAAAUUAUUUCAACACAUACAAGAAAAGGGGCAUUCAGCUUAUAAAAAUGUAGAUACUAAUAUAAAAUCAAAUAGGGGAAGAAAGAAAAAGAAAUGA